GAAAAGUUAUCAAACCGCAGCUUGUUCCAUUCGAAUGAACACACCAGUGAUUUCGGUGGUGCCCAAGGAAUUCAGUCUCAGAAAUCACCAAUCCACUAACCCAGCCACCAGCAUGAAGUUCUUCGUUGCCACCGCCUGCAUCCUGCUCCUGGCAGCAGGCAUCUCCGCCGAUCCCGUCAAGGCCGCUUCCGAGGAGCAGUCCGGGGCCUUCGCCAAGUGCCUCGAGACCGACUCCAUCUCGUGCCUGCAGCUCACGCUCUUCCGCAAGGCCAAGUCUGUCUUCGAUAACCCCCAGAUCGAGAUCUUCGGCGGCGUUUCCCUGGUGAAGGCCAACGAAGGACGUCAGGGCAAGUCCCUGGACAACUCCCUCGCCGUUGAGGCCGCUCCCAGCGUGGAGGCCCGCACCGCCGAGAUGGGCAACUACUUCAUGGACAACGCCAAGAGCUUCUUCGCCGAGCGCUCCCUGAACUUCAACUUCGCCAACGCCGCUCGCAGCGUGGCCCGCGCCAUUCCCGAUGACAUCAAGGCCGAUCUCCGCGAGCUGGUCGUUGAGUCCCGUACCCGCAAGAAGAAGCUGCUGAAGAAGUUCCUGCCCAUCCUGCUGGGAGUCGGUGCCAAGAUCGCUGUCCUGGGCGUUGGCUCCAUCUUCGGCCUGCUCUUCCUGGCCAAGAAGGCUUUGGUUGUGUCAGUGAUCGCCUUCUUCCUGGCUCUGGCCGCUGGUGCCUCCAGCGGAUUGGGUCGCAUCGGUGGUUCCGGAGGCGGCGGCGGUCUGCUCGGCGGUCUGGGCGGUCUGUUCGGCGGCAAGAACUCCGGCGGAUCGUCGGCUGCCAGCACCGGUGGAUGGUCCUCGGGCGGUGGCUCCUCCAACGCCGGCUGGUCCUCGGGCAGCAGCUCCGGCUGGGACACCCAUGGAGCCUACAGCUCGCCCGUGGCCCAGACCAUCGCCUACCAGGGCUACAAGCAGGCCCGCCGGUAAACCAUUGGCCACGAGCUAAUUCAACCGAAGGACGAAGGCCAAGGAGAGAGAGAAAUCAAUCGCUAAAAAUGAUGACCUAUAUUUAUAUUUAUUUAUAAAUUAUUUAUUUUAAUUUAUUACUUGAACGAGAACGAGUACGAGACGAACAAAAGUGCCUUCCAUUAGACAAAAAAAAAACAACAAUCACUAAAUAACAAGACACUCCCAAACACACCACCUUUCAUCAACGACCGCCAAUAACCUCCACCAAGGAAUCUUCACUACUUUCCACACUCCUCUACACUCUCCACACUAUAUCUUAAUUUCAUGGCUGCACCUUUGAUUUAUGGACUGCAAAUGUUUGCCACUAGUCGCUUCCAUCAGUCAAAGCCAGUCGCCUCGCCCAUUUAACUGUAUCUAUCCCUCAUCUAUUUUCAUCUAUCUCUAUGCUAUGUCUACCUCUAUCUGUACCUGUACCUCUACCAUCUAUCUAUCUAUCUGUCUAUCUAUCUAUCUAUCUAUCUGUCGAUCUAUCUAUCUAUCUGUCUAUCUAUAUCUGUCUGUCUAUCUGGGCUUUCCCACUUUACCGCCCGGGAAAACCCAACCAAAUGCUGCUAAAUCAAAGAAUCAAAUAAUAAUUCAAACAUGAAAAAUA